UACUCUCUUUGAGCUGCUCAUAACUCUUCAAAUAUUUUCAAGAAAUCCCUAAUUUCCCCAAUGGCAGGAGGCAGUAACCCUCCAAAACGCAUUAACAACCCAUCACCAAGACCCGACCCGAAUACCCAUCGUAAAUCCCGUUGGGACCCAUCCACCGCUAAAAACAAAUCUUCUUCCGGCGAUCCCAAACCCUCCGGCGACCCCAAAUCAAAGCCCUCUCCCAAACAACCCACAAACCCUAAUCCCAACCCGAAACCCAUUAUUAACAACAACAACAACAACCCAUCUCCGAGACCCGACCCGAAUACCCAUUUGGGUGGGCUACCCCCUUUCCCUUUCCGUGACCCACCCCCACCCCCUUCCUAUGGGUUUCACAUGUUAGAACGUAGAACCAUUGUUCUUGCUGAUGGUUCUGUUAGGUCUUACUUCGCAUUACCCCAUGAUUAUCAAGAUUUCCCCUCUUUUCCCCGGCCCGCCGAGUUUCGCGGGCCAGGCUUUGCGUUCCCCGGGCCCGAAUGGAAUCCGAUAGGGAUAGAGGGGGGUAAUAAUAAUAAUGCAAUGAAGAGGAAGUUUGGUGAUGAGGGGAGGGAUGGGCUAGAGAGGUUAAGGCAACAAGUGUUGGAACAUGGUAAUGUGGGCCCGGGCCCGGUUAAGGGCGGGACGAGUAGUAGUUUGUAUAUGGGUGGUAGAGGAGGAGGGGAAGAAAUGAUUAGGCCUGGGAAGUAUAUGAGGAGUGGUGGAGGUUUUGAAGGAGGGAGUAGUGUGGGUAGUAGGAUUAUGAAGCAUAAUGAGGUGGAUCAAAGUGCAUUAAAGAAGUCUUUUUUGCUUAUGGUGAAGUUGAUUUAUGAUAAUGCAAAUCUUAAAAGGAGUUAUUUGGCUGAUGGAAAGCAAGGGCGUUUGCAGUGUCUUGCUUGUAACAGGACUUCAAAAGAUUUUCCUGAUAUGCACACUCUUAUUAUGCACGCCUACAACUCGGAUAGUGCUGAUUCAACACUUGUGGAACAUUUGGCCUUUCACAAAGCAUUAUGUGUUCUGAUGGGAUGGAACUAUUUGACACCUCCUGAUAACUCGAAGUCAUAUAUGAUGUUAUCUGCUGAUGAAGCAACUGCAAACCGAGAUGAUCUAAUUUUGUGGCCACCUUUGGUUAUAAUCCAUAACACUAUCACAGGAAAACGUGAUGAUGGGCGCAUGGAGGGUUUGGGAAACAAGGCAAUGGAUAGUUACCUUAGAGGUAUUGGAUUUCACGGUGGCAAAGCAAAGGCCUUGUAUAGCAGAGACGGUCAUCUAGGUGUUACUCUGGUUAAAUUUGCAAGCGACCAAUCUGGUUUAAUGGAAGCCAUGCGGUUGGCUGAAUAUUUUGAGAAAGAUAACCACGGGAGAAAUGGUUGGGCUCGAUUGCAGCCCUUGACUCUAGGUAAGGAUGAUGAGAACAAUCCUGAGCUUUGCAAGUUUGAUCAUCGGACUGGAGAGAAGAAGAGAAUCUUCUAUGGUUAUCUGGGUACUGUUAACGACUUAGAGAAGGUUGAUUUCGACUUUAGAAAGAAGAUUACUAUUGCUAGCCUAUUGGAUUACAAGCCAUCUGGUUAGAACAACUUCAAUAGCCUUGCAUUAAGAUGUGCUCCAGUUGAGAAUUUUACUCAAUUCCUACUCUAGAUAUUGUGGUUUUGUGUUACUUUUAUUGCCCUUAGUAAUCAGCGGUGGGUUUCUCUGGGAUAACGGUAAAGCUAAGUCAUAAGUGCCAUGCAUGUCUUUUUCCCCUUCUCUUGUAGUGACCAUUGUUGGUGCAAGGUUAGCAGUUUGGGAGUCCAAUGCACUCGCUUGAUUAGUUUGUCUCGCUUCCUCGGUUUGAGGCUGGGUGUACCAUUUGGGUGUGGAUAUGAUCAUGGUUCAAAAAUUUGUUUCAAGGUUAAAUUUAGUUAUAUGUUUCUGACUAGCGAAGAGUGAAUCUACCUUUUGGUUCCCUUGCAGAUAGUAGUACGAAACUAUGCCUCAAAAAAUCUACCUGAAUGCGAGGAAUUCAUUAAUGCAGGCUAAUUUUUUAGCCACUGUCACUAGAUUGAAAUGACAAAUAUCUAAUUCUGCUCCGGUUUAGACAAAAAUAUCAUAUGUGAGCUAGUAGAUUUAUGCUUUUGUCC